AUCGCUUUGGACCCCGGAAGUGUGUGUGACCCUCAUCUUUAUUUCUCACCCAUGAAAGCCUUCAAAAAGCCCCAGAAAUGAAAUGAUAGAUUUACAUUUGGCCCUCGCCCAUCUGAGAAUCGCAGCUGGAGGAUCAAAUCUCAUUUCGGAGGCGGCUCCAGAUUGUGGAUGCCAUUGAAUUCAAACCCAGCAGGGUUUGAAAGGAUGUCAUUGUGAGGGACGCACUGUGUGGAGAGAAUGCAGUCUUCAGGACAGCGGUUGAGGGAUGUGGAGCAGCACCAGCCUCUGCUCAGUGGAGGGGAAGAGGAGGUGACGGCCGGCCGCGUCUGGUUCAUCCAGGACAGCUGCGGGAUGGUAUGCGCCUUCAUGACCUGGUCCCUAGUCAUGUACGCUGAAUUCGUGGUGAACUUUGUCAUGCUGCUCCCCUCCAAAAACUUCUGGUACACUCUAAUCAACGGCGUGGCGUUUAACUUUCUGGCCGUGCUGGCGCUGACGUCGCACCUGAGGACCAUGCUGACAGAUCCGGGUGCAGUUCCCAAAGGAAACGCCACUAAGGAAUACAUGGAGAGUCUGCAGCUGAAGCCUGGAGAGGUCAUUUACAAAUGUCCCAAGUGCUGCAGCAUUAAACCAGAGAGAGCACACCACUGCAGUAUCUGUAAGAGAUGCAUCAGGAAGAUGGAUCAUCACUGUCCUUGGGUCAACAACUGUGUGGGCGAAAACAAUCAGCGAUUCUUUGUCCUCUUCACUAUGUAUAUAGCCUCCAUUUCAUUGCAUGCCCUGUGUCUGAGUGGUUUCCACUUCUUCACCUGUGUCAAAGUCCAGUGGAACGAGUGCAGUGAUUUCUCUCCACCUGUGGCAGUAAUGCUGCUGAUUUUCCUGUGUCUGGAAGCACUACUGUUUCUCACAUUCACUGCCGUCAUGUUCGGCACUCAGAUUCACUCCAUCUGUAACGAUGAGACGGAGAUCGAGAGGCUGAAGAAUGAAAAGCCCACGUGGGAGCGGCGGGUGCGAUGGGAUGGAAUGAAGGCAGUUUUCGGCGGACCACCGUCGCUGCUGUGGUUCAACCCUUUCGCUGGACUGCGUCUCCGUAUGCUGAUGGUUCGAGCCCGCAGGAGCGGAGCUGAGUUUUCUGUUUGAGCGAGGAAAGCUGCCGUCUGCCUUCAUGCCUACUUUUUCCCCUUCUCAUAGGACACAGGACUCCUUGUUUAAGCAGGUCUGGAGGUAAAAAACCCUGUUCAAUAACUGAUGUGGCCCCUGGAACAUUGAGGCUGCGUCUCGAUACAGCAUUAUUACCUCGUACGGCGGAUCAUACUCGUAAUGCUCAUCUCGUCUUUAUGAACAUUCACACUCAUGGGUCUUUAAAUUGCUUCGUAAGUGGACUUUUUUUGUGGUUUUACGGAAAGGGUGUUAAUAUUCAUUAUCCAGCCUGAAGAAAUGCAUCAUCUGUGUGAUUUAAAGGUUAUUAUAAAAGAAAUAGAUUAUAAACCAAA